GCCAUCUGUGAAUAUUCGGUCUCAUUAUUCGAAAAUAGAGAUAGCAUGGGCUUCUUCGCUGGCUUCUUCAGCGGCUUUGCCCUCACCACCUCCGUCCUGUACAUCUCACUCCAAGUACACAAAGCCAAUCGCCUGGAACAGCGCAAUGCCAUUCGCGAACAAACCCGUGCGCUGAACUGGCUGGCCUCAUCGGCAGGCGCAUACGACCGUCGCUUACUGCCUCAGGAGACCCAGAAGCGUCCGGGUGAGCAAGAAGACCGGGCAACGAAACCCGCCUUGAAGGACUUCUUGAAACAUCGCUGGAACCAGGAGGUCGAGACGUUGGCGAGGAAGGCGUAUGAGAGUCGGUGGGAGGAUGCGCGGGAUACGGCUGUGGAGGGGUGGAAGACGGUGAUGAGGUUGGUGAAGAAGGAGUAGAUGAAUACUUGUCCUGAUCCUGCCUUUUAUUUAUGGUUUGUGUUAGGUGCUGAUGUGGGUGUGGGCUUGAUGGAGAUGAAGUUUCAGAUACCCUCUUGGUUUUGUUCAUUCUUAUAAAUUUUUCUUUAGCUUUGAUUUGUUUGACUAGCGGUAUAAUGCUACGGUUUCUGGUUUUUCCUUGGUUGAUGGUGUUUGCUAGGUUUAUGGAGGGCUUGUUAAGAGGUUGUUGCUGCUUAUGUGGUGGACUGUGAUAGCGGAUUGUCGCAGACUUAA